AUGUCAUCCGCUUCUAGGAGCUCGUGGAUGCCGGGCCGUCGAGUAACUAGCAACCGGCUUAGCAUGAGACCGAGGGGAGCAUCCAGGGGCAACAUCACCGUCGUCAGCCAUGACGAUGCCUACACCUUUGCAUUGCGAGUUGCAUACCUCAACCACAUCCUCCAACCGAGACAGAAGCGAAAGCAAUAUGUUGCCGCCCCGAAACCAGCCCAGAGAACCCACACGAGCGUCACCGAACUGGUCGGUCAAUUCGUCUCAUCGGGUUCCAACAGCAUCAAGCUACCCCAUGGCUUCCAAAAGCCCUUGGAAAAGAGACUUAAGAACGUCCUGACAGGAAAGGAACCCAUGCAAGGCUUCAACGACUCGGCUCUGAAGCGAAGCUUUGCCGAAGCAUACACAGCUUUCACCGAAAAGGGCUUCCAGAAAUCCGUAGAGAAGGACCGAAAGCUCGAGCCCUACGUUCUCAUGUUCUACUCGUCUGCGACAAAGGCCAACCAAAAGUACGCCCAGCUGACAUCGGCAACGGACGACUCGUGGAAGGAAACGGCGGACAGACAUAUGGCCAUGUUCAUUAGGCUAGUGGCGCAGACUCUUCGAGACCAGGGGCACGACAGAGACAGGCCCGAGUUGAUGAGCCGAUUGCAUACUUUGGAGAACAAGCUACUCACUAGGGACCAGAACUUGUCUCUCGACGCUGCUCAGGGCGAAGGCAACACCAUCGAGAUCAUCGUUCCUCCGAGCACCGACGUCAAAGACAUGCCGCUAGUCCUCACUGUGGCCCGCAUAUUUGGUCGAUCCAACUCUGAAGUACAGUCUGACAUCGAGGCCAGCCGAUAUAUCUGGACCGAGGAGAAUGCGAUUAAGGACAUGAAGAACUACCAGCAAAGGUUGGCUUCGGGUGCGCCUGGCGCCCUGAGGAGUCAGGACUUUGAUGUUGAGGAAGCCUUCCAAGAAUGGAGGAGGGCUGAAGCGCCGCAUCUCUCUCAAAUCAUUCUCGAUAUCUUGACUGUCAACCCUGAGUUGGCCAAGACGUCAACCGGAAUGGACAAGUCGCUUCCUGGGCGGCCCAUGUCAGUCUUUGGGACAGAGCAAUCGUACUCGGAAAUCAGCAAGGCAAUCUCCAGCCCUGAUGGCUCCCUCCUGAACCUCGACAGCUCCAUCAACUUUGAUUCUCUAUCGCUCGAUGACUCUAGCCAGGAUUUCGAAGAGGCCGUCUACACAUUCAUUCCAAACGACUCGAGGGCAUUCUACAAGGCUAUCCUGAAAGACUGCAUGACCUACGACCAACUACACGCCGAUCCAGCAGCAGAAUUCACUCCGAUCUCGAAGCAGUCUGGCGAUCUGCUCAUGGAACUCAGCGUGUACUGGCGCUUACCUCAAUUUUCAAGGCUCAUUGCUUUUGUCGAGGUCAUUGGCAAGAAGUUCCUCGAUGGAGAGCUUCCCGCCGAGGAUCUUCUUGCUGCAAUGAACGACGUAAAGAUGUCGGGCGAGGAGGUCAAGAAACCGCCACACUUGCACCAGUACAACGCGGGCUUGCUGGACAUUGAUCAAAGUCGGUGGACAAUUCAUGAUUUUGCCGUAUACCAGCAAACACUCCACAGCCUCCAUGACUUUCUGCUACGAGAUCUUUACAACCUGAUGCUCAACUGUUACGCAUCAAAACCACCAAACAUUGCGGCCGUGAUGGAGUUGUUGGUGGACCACAUCCAAUCGGACCCUGCGUUCUCCGUCAAGCCUGAGCAGGCUCAGGAGUUCGCUACUCACCUCACCGACGGCAUGAGGCGUGCUGCCACGGACGCGUACAAUGCUUUUGUGCACGACAAACUACCCAACCAUGCCUCUGAGUGGCAAUUUACCCACGUUGUUGAGCUCGGUCGGGCUGUCACUAAGCUUUCGAAUAAAAUUCAAAAGCGAUACAAGAACGUCUCGGAGAUCAUGGGCGUCAAACCCUGGGAUGUUCUCGUGGAUGUGAUGUUUCCCAGCUACGAACGAGACGCGCAACACAUUAUCGAGCGUACUAUUGCGGUUGCGAAAGAGAGUGGUGAAGAGAUCAACAUGCAGGAUGGGUUCGAUCUCUACAAAGAGCUCGUCGACAUGCGCCGGACACACCACGCGGCGCUGCCCGACAAGCCAUUCGAGUUCCAGAUUGAAGAACUCCUGGUGGAUUUCGUUUGGCGAUGGGUUCGCAAUGCCGAGAGCGUCAUGGUCGAAUUAGUCGACAAUGCCAUCGCCGAAGAUCCGUUCCAAGUCAAGACUCACAACCCCGACGGCAUUCCUUCAGACAAUGAGCGACACAGCUCCUCUGUCGUGGAUAUAUUUUCCAUGUUCCAUCAAACCAUGGAGCAGGUCUAUCAGCUAGAAUGGGACAGCGACGUUCAUCACGCCAGAUUCAUGACGGCGCUGGCCCGUUCUUACGCAGCUGGCAUUGGCCAAUACUGCGAAGAGCUUGAGAAACGGUUUGCGAAAGAGAUGGACCGGCCAACGGCGCAGGAGGCAGCCGCUGCGAAUCAAACAACCCAAGAGAAGUUUAUGCAGUAUGCCCAGUAUGCUCGAGAUGCCUGGAACACCAAAGAUGCUCCCGAGCCUUUCCAAUUUUACCCCGAGUCUUUCGUCAAACUCAACAAUAUUGAGCAUGCCAUGCAAGCGCUGGACAAGCUAGAGAAAUCGAUGAACGUCGAUGCUUGUGCCGAGGUCUUGCAGAAGGCUGAGCGUCUUGGCAAGCAGCAACCAAGACGACCUAACAAGUACGUCUUCACGAUCAAGAUUGUGGAAGCCGAAGACCUGAAGGCUUGCGAUCCCGGUGGUUUCAGCGACCCGUACGUAGUCCUCGGUGACGAGUACCAAAAGCGUCUUUAUAAGACGCGCAUUGUUUACAGGAACCUCAACCCUCGCUGGGACGAGUCCGUUGACAUCACGGUGUCGAGCCCGCUCAACAUUAUCGCCACUAUUUGGGAUUACGAUACCUUUGGCGAACACGACUUCGUUGGUCGUACGUCGCUCAAGGUUGACCCCAUUCACUUCAGUGACUACUUGCCUCGCGAAUACUGGCUGGAUUUGGACACCCAGGGUAGAGUGUUGUUGCGCGUGAGCAUGGAAGGCGAGCGUGACGAUAUUCAAUUCUAUUUUGGAAAGGCGUUCCGACACUUGAAGAGAACAGAGAGAGAUAUGGUCCGCAAGAUCACGGAUAAGCUCCGAGCUCAAAUCAGCACCACCAUCUCUCUCGAAACUCUGCGGAGACUGGUCAAAGGUGGCGGCAUCGGUUCGCAGGUGACCAGUCUGUGGAAGAAGAGAGCUUCAACUAUGCCAGUCGUUACUACGGCAAGCGACAUCGAGGGAGCAUUGCAGCCGCUAUUCCACUACUUUGACCAGAACUUCGCCAUCAUGAAGCAGACCCUGACCGACGCCACGAUGCUUGCGGUCAUGACACGUCUAUGGAAAGAAGUCCUCCAGGCCAUAGAAGGCCUGUUGGUGCCCCCGCUGUCGGAGAAGCCCUCUUCGCAAAGGCCCUUGGCUCAGAAGGAGAUCGACAUUGUCUAUCAAUGGUUGAACCUUCUCUUUGAGUUCUUCAAUGCCAAGGAUGACUCUGGAGAGCAGUUGGGCGUGCCACAGGACGUCCUGAAGUCACCCAAGUGGCACGAGCUGGCAGCCUUGAACUUCUUCUACUUUGAGCCAACGGAUACCUUGAUUCGGGAAUCUGAACGCAUGGCCACUGCCAACGCCCAGCGCGCGACGCAGAUGCUCCUCCAGGAGAAACACGAAAACCGACUCUCGGCUCCAGCAACAUUUGGGCCAACAUUUAGCGGCGGACCUGGAGCCUUCGCCAGUAUGGGCACCAUCCGACGUGGCAAGAGCAUCAUGAUGAGCCGAAACCUGGGCACGAUGAGGAGAGCCAAAGAAGAGAAGCGCAAGGAGGCCCAGGCGGAUCCCAGCGAUGAUAUGAUCCUCCGCAUUCUUCGCAUGCGGCCCGAAGCAACGAACUAUCUUAGAGAAAGACACCGUCAAAAGGAGCGUCAGGCGGCCGCCGCGGCUGCAGCGCUGAUUGUCAAGAACAGCGUCAAUCAGGGGUGGAACACUGGAGGUGCGUCAGCCUAUCGGGCCAACAACCUCCCCAGACGAUGA